UUUUUCAGGAAAUUUGGAGAGCGACCUCAACCAAAACGGCUCACAAGGGAAGCAAUGCGAAAUUACCUGAAGGAGCGAGGUGACCAAACAGUGCUAAUACUCCACGCGAAAGUUGCGCAGAAAUCGUAUGGAAAUGAAAAAAGGUUCUUUUGUCCUCCUCCAUGUGUGUAUCUCAUGGGCAGUGGAUGGAAGAAAAAAAAAGAGCAAAUGGAGCGGGAUGGUUGCACUGAGCAGGAGUCACAACCUUGCGCCUUUAUUGGGAUAGGAAACAGUGACCAAGAAAUGCAGCAGCUGAACUUGGAAGGAAAGAAUUAUUGCACUGCCAAAACAUUAUACAUAUCAGACUCAGACAAGAGAAAGCACUUCAUGUUAUCGGUAAAAAUGUUCUAUGGCAAUAGUGAUGACAUUGGUGUGUUCCUCAGCAAACGGAUCAAAGUCAUCUCCAAACCUUCUAAAAAGAAACAGUCACUGAAAAAUGCAGACUUAUGUAUUGCAUCAGGGACAAAAGUGGCACUAUUUAAUAGACUUCGAUCACAAACAGUUAGCACCAGAUAUUUGCACGUAGAAGGUGGUAAUUUCCAUGCCAGUUCACAACAGUGGGGAGCAUUUUACAUUCACCUCUUGGAUGAUGAUGAAUCAGAAGGAGAAGAAUUCACAGUGAGAGAUGGCUACAUUCAUUAUGGGCAGACUGUCAAACUUGUAUGCUCAGUUACUGGCAUGGCACUCCCGAGACUGAUAAUUCGAAAAGUAGAUAAACAAACGGCGUUAUUGGAUGCAGAUGAUCCAGUAUCACAGCUCCAUAAGUGUGCAUUUUACCUUAAAGACACUGAGAGAAUGUAUUUGUGCCUUUCCCAGGAGAGAAUAAUCCAAUUUCAAGCCACUCCAUGCCCAAAAGAACCAAAUAAAGAAAUGAUAAAUGAUGGAGCUUCUUGGACAAUCAUUAGCACAGACAAAGCAGAAUACACAUUUUAUGAGGGGAUGGGUCCAGUCCAUGCUCCAGUGACACCUGUGCCUGUUGUGGAAAGUCUUCAAUUGAAUGGUGGUGGGGAUGUAGCAAUGUUGGAACUUACAGGACAGAACUUCACUCCAAAUUUACGUGUCUGGUUUGGGGAUGUGGAAGCUGAAACUAUGUACAGAUGUGCGGAGAGCAUGCUUUGUGUUGUUCCAGACAUUUCUGCAUUUCGAGAGGGUUGGAGGUGGGUCCGACAGCCAGUCCAGGUUCCAGUAACUUUGGUCCGUAACGAUGGCAUAAUUUACUCCACCAGCCUUACCUUUACGUACACACCGGAACCAGGGCCACGGCCACACUGCAGUGCUGCUGGAGCAAUCCUCAGAGCCAACUCAAGCCUCAUGGCUUCCAGUGAAACAAACACAAACAGUGAGGGAAGUUACACAAGCGUCAGCACAAACCCCACCAAUGUCACAUCAUCUACGGCAACUGUAGUUUCCUAACUACUGUUGUUUGUCUGGACUUUAAUUGACUUUUCAUGCUACAUUCAAGAGAACUGAACAAUUUUUGUGGUUUCAUGGGAAAACACUUUUUCAUUUUAGGUGAUAUGAUUUGAACCUUGUUACCUGCAAGUGCUGAUCUUAAAAACAGAAGCCACAAUAAAAAAAGAAAAAAACAACAUCCGAAACAUAAGAACUUUAUUGAAAAUCUAUUUUUCAGCUGUGUUUUUUUUAGUGGGCAAGAAACAAAAAUGUGGCUGGGAUACAUGUUGAGCAAACUAGAAAACAUGAACACAACAUAGUUUUUAUGGACCAAGGAACUUGUAUAAGCUUUAGUAUAAAAGGUACAUUUUCACCAUACCUUUUUUGUAUCACAACAUAUAGUACACUUUUGUUACCAAAUAGUUUAUAUUUUUUUUUCCUCUGAGCUUUUGCUCUGAAGUAUAUUCAGGUUCCAAGCCUGACCAUGCUUGUAUAAUCUAAUUACCAUACUCUUCCAGUUUUAAAAAAAAUAUAUAUUUUUGGUCUGUGGCUGGAACUGUUCCUUUUUUUAAACUGAAGUCUUGUGACUUUUUAUGAACUGAAAUUGUUUUUAUUUCAGCAAGUAGAACCUUGUAAAGGCCAGCAUAUUUUUUUUAAGAUUAUAUGAAGUCUGUGCAAAAGCUUUAAAAAAAUGCCUCUGCCUUGCCUGCAAUACAUGCAAUGUAUGUUAACUUUAGUGCUCUGUUUUCAGUCAUUGUUAAUAGUUAUUUCUGUUUUUCUUUUUUAAAUAUGUAUUUAUAGUGAUAAUUCAUGAGGUUCUAACAUUACAUGAGUUUUUUUUCCUAAAAGUGGCAUCUCAAGCAGUCAUAUUAAUGAUUGUUUAUGUCACAGGCAUAUGUUGGUGUUUUUGAAGGGUUGUUACUGGGUU